AUGGGAGGUGUGGCUUCUAAAUCCGAAAAACCCAGUAGGGUCGACUUGGCAGGAAGGGCUAUGGAAUUGCAAAAUGGGUUUGCAAAGGCGCAAAAGGAUUAUAAUGACUCGCAGAAUGAGAUGGCAACAGCCUUCAAAGAAUUUGUGCACAGACAUUGCUCUUCAGAACAGCAUGCCGUGAAUGAUGAUCCGGAGAGAGAAGACGAACAUAUAGUGACAGAGGAGCCGGAGCCUCGUAUCCAGUCUUCAGGGACAGCGAAAGUAGCACAAAGGAAUGGUACUAAGAGAAACAAUAACUCAGGAGGUAAUCGUAAGCAGAAAGACAACCAAAGGAAUGGUACUGAGAUAAAAGAUGCAGGUAUGGUGGCAGAGAAACCAGAAGCUAGUACUGGGUUUCAAAGAGCCAGGAAUGAAGAUAAUCAAGUAGCUCCAGAAGAUGUUGUGGUUCAGGCUUUCAAAGAGGUGGGCGAGUCUGGCAGUGGCAUAUACAAGUUGCUGGAGAAAUCUGGUCAAGUUGAAAUUGGUAGAGAACACAAGAAAAAACUCGUUCGGUCAUUCACGAGGACGCGGUCUACUACAAGUAGAAGUAAGGGUUUAGCAAGGAGUCGCUCCUCAAAAGUCAGUGAUCAUUGCGGGGAGAAAGCUGAAGCCACAAAGGAGGAUUAUUCAACACUCUAUAAAUUAUAUGUUAAGGAGCAGUCUCUAUUAAGAGAUUUACUAACCUAUGACGAGAUUAAGUUUAAAUUUGGAGAAGGAUUUGAAACACAAGAGGCCAAAGACAGAGCUCAAGAAGCUUUCGACAGAAUUAGUAAACUCAGAGAUGAGGAGCUGCAACCUCUACUUAGUAAUCUCUUUAAAAGCCUGCACGAAAAUUGGAAGAUCAUGUCAGAGUGCCAUGACGAGCAACGUGAUAUCAUGUCCAAAAAAUCUCUCUUUGAGCCUCAUGAUGCAUGUUGCGAUAACGAUCACUGGAGGGAUACCAACAAUCUUCUGGAAAAACUUCAUGAAUGGAGAAACGCCCUUACUUGCUAUAUUGGCUCACAAAAGUCCUACGUUGAAUCUCUCAAGAAGUGGAGUGAAUGUGGUGGACACUCAGUUCUCAAAAUAGAAGAAAACGAUAACGGGUGCACAAAACUGCUCCGACAUUGGUUCAAGUGUUUCGAAGAUCUGCAUAAGGAACUAAAGGAAGCCACAAAAGCUAUGGCAGACUUUGAAAAGGAAAUGCAAAAGCUUUGGGACCAAGAAAACGAAGAGCUAAUUUGCAAGAGCAAAGUUGAUAAACUUAAUGAGGAUAUCCGCAAACAGCUGGUGAAUAAGAACAAGGAGCCGAAGCAAGAGAAAAGGGACGAGGAGUUGAAUGAAUCGAAGAAGAAGAACAAGAAGAGGAGGCAAGAGAAGAAGGACCAGGAGUUGAAUGAACUGCGGAAGAAACUAGAAGAUCAGAAGAAGGCCUAUGGAACUAGUCAGAUGAAGAGAAAAGAGAUUGUCAAACAGGUGAUUCAGGAGAGCUUUGCAUUACUUUUUAAAUCGCUCAAGGAGUUUACAAGCAAAGCUGCUGAAGCGUAUGUUCCAACCAUGGAGCAUGAUAUUGAAGUGAUUAAUUAG